CCCUGCUGAGAGGGCUGCCAAAAAAGCACACCAUCCACAACCACCACGAUGAGACGGCUUGAUUGGAUCUUCCAGGGUUUCCACGCCAACGGUCGAUUUUCACAGGAUUAAAAUGGAUGUUUCUGCAGGGUUUUCCGUGCUUCCUUAUUGCUGCCACUAUCGCCCUAGCACACAUUACAGCCAGCCUGGUCAGUCCCUGAUGCACUGCGUGCCGAUUUCUAACCCACAUUCAUACAGAGGCCCUCCCCUGCUCCCCAUUAGGAUUACGCCUUACUGGAACGUGCUGUCCUGGACACACAGAAACCAGCGUUCUCACACUUGGACACGGCAUCUGUGUGUCCAUUACAGCACCGUAAGGGCAUUAGCUCAAAUAGUACUCAUCACCAAGGCAACCAGUGACUGAACUGAUUUGUACAUCAUCAAUAUGUAUAGACAAGCUGGUUGGUGAUGUACACUCACUGAGCACUUUAUUAGGAACACCCACUUAUUAAUGCAAUUAUCUAAUUAGCCAAUCGUGUGGCAGCAGUGCAAUGCAUGAAAUCAUGCAGAUACGGUCAGGACCUUCAGUUAAUGUUCCCGUCAACCAUCAGAAUGGGGCAGGCAGAAACGCCUUGUUACUGAGAGGUCAGUGGAGAAGGGCCAGAUUGGACAAAGCUGACAGGAAGGUGACAGUAAACCACACAUUACAACAGUAGUUUGCAGAAGAGCAUCUCUGAACACACAACGCAUCAAACCUCUAAGUAGAUAGGCUACAGCAGCAGAAGACUUAAUACAUCUAAUAAAUACCUAAUGAACUGCUCGCUGAGUGUAUUUACAGUAUGAUUAAACUGAGCUGCCCCUGUAGCAUGAAGAUUAAUUGACCUGGUAGCAACUACUGUAAGCACUGCUCCAAUAAGACUAUUGCCUAAGGUUUUACAUUUAAGGAGCUUUUGAUCUCACAGCUUUUUCUUUUUAAAGGGGGAGGACCUUUUUGAGACUGCCAGUCAUCUACACGCAGCUCAAAGUGCUUUGUGGUGAUGGGCGUCCUUUUAGGUGCUAAUGGAUUGAGUGAAGACCGGAGACUGGGCGGGGGAGGCGAGUACAUCCGCAAGUCAGUGCUGAUGGAGGGAGAUAAGCCUAUGACUCACUUCUACAGUGAUGCCCAGACCAUGUAUGAGGUGUUCCAGAGGGGUAUCCACAUGUCCAGUAACGGGCCCUGCCUCGGAUCGCGGAAACCAAACAAGCCAUAUGAGUGGCUGUCCUACCAAGAGGUGGCAGACAAAGCAGAGUACCUGGGUUCCGCCCUGCUCCAUAGAGGCCACUCCAAAGACAGCGACAAGUUCAUCGGAGUCUUUGCACAGAACAGGCCUGAGUGGACAGUGGCAGAGCUGGCCUGCUACACCUACUCCCUGGUGUGCGUCCCUCUCUAUGACACGCUGGGCACAGAGGCCAUCAGCUACACCAUUGACAAAGCUACCAUCGCCACCGUGGUGUGUGACGUCCCGGACAAAGCCAAGCUGAUCUUGGACUGCGUGUCGGGCCGGAAGCACUCCAUCCGCAUCAUCAUCCUCGUGGAGCCCUUCGAUGCUGACCUGGUGGCCAGAGGGCAGGAGUGCGGCAUCGAGAUCAUCAGCAUGAAGGAAAUGGAGGCAAUAGGAAAAGCCAACCACAAGAAACCAAUGCCUCCCACCCCUGAUGAUUUGGCUCUCGUCUGCUUCACCAGUGGAACUACAGGAAACCCCAAGGGCGCGAUGAUCACACACAGAAACGUGAUAUCCAACUGCGCGGCAUUCAUUAAAAUAACAGAGGUGCACUGUGCGUUAUCCAGAAACGACAUUCACAUGUCCUACCUGCCCCUCGCCCACAUGUUUGAGAGGGUUGUGGAGGGGGUCGUCCUGUGCCAUGGGGGCCGUAUCGGGUACUUCCAAGGGGACAUUCGGCUCCUCAUGGAUGAUCUGAAGACGCUGCGCCCCACUGUGUUCCCAGUGGUCCCCCGCCUGCUCAACCGCAUGUUUGACAAGAUAUUCGGACAGGCCAACACCCCGCUGAAGAGGUGGCUGCUGGACUUUGCCUCCCGCAGGAAGGAGGCAGAGCUUCGGAGCGGGGUGGUGAGGCAAGACAGCAUGUGGGACAAACUCAUCUUCCGGAAAGUGCAGGCCAGUUUAGGAGGGCGGGUGCGCCUCAUGAUCACCGGGGCAGCCCCCGUGUCUCCGACCGUGCUGACGUUCCUGCGCGCAGCAUUGGGAUGCCAGUUCUAUGAAGGGUACGGCCAGACAGAAUGUACAGCAGGGUGUACAAUGUCCAUGCCUGGGGACUGGACUGCAGGUCACGUUGGGCCUCCACUGCCCUGCAACAUUUUGAAGCUGGUGGAUGUUUCUGAGAUGAACUACUUUGCAGCCAAUGGGGAGGGAGAGGUGUGCGUGAAAGGACCAAACGUUUUCCAGGGAUACCUGAAAGAUGAGGAGAAAACAUUGGAAGCCCUUGAUAAGGACGGCUGGCUCCAUACCGGUGACAUCGGGAAGUGGCUUCCGAACGGUACUCUGAAGAUCGUGGACAGGAAGAAACACAUUUUCAAGCUGGCUCAGGGGGAGUACAUCGCCCCAGAGAAGAUAGAGAUCCUCUACAUGCGCAGUGACCCCGUGGCCCAGGCCUUCGUUCAUGGGGACAGUCUGCAGGCGUGUCUGGUGGCCAUCAUAGUGCCUGACAGCGACUUCCUGCCUGGGUGGGCCAAGAAGAGGGGCCUUGAGGGGUCCUUCAUUGAGCUGUGCAAGAACAAGGAACUGAAGGAUGCCAUCUUGGAAGACUUAGUGCGACUUGGCAAAGAAGGAGGACUAAAAUCCUUUGAGCAGGUAAAGGACAUCACUCUGUACCCCGAGAUGUUCUCCGUGCAGAACGGCCUCCUGACCCCCACCCUCAAAUCCAAGCGCAACGAGCUCCGCAACUUCUUCCGCGAGCAGAUCAACCAGCUCUAUUCCACAAUCAAGAUGUAGCACCGGCCUGGAGAGACAGAGAGGAGGGGAGACAAUCACCCUGGAAGCCAUAGCCACCAUCACCCCGGUGACGGCCGUCAGGGAGACAAGAUGAUCUCAUUGCAUCGGCCGUGGUUUUUUUUGUUUUUUUUGCUGUUGUUGUUGUUUUUACUACCUGCUGGAUGUUCUGAUACAGCUGACCCGCAACUGGUCAGUGUGUAGGAAUGAGAGAGACUUUGGGAUCAGAACAGGAGGAAACCGCUGCCUUAUUCCAGCCCGUUUGGGUCCGGUUAAACGGGCUCACCUCACCCCCUCCACCUAAAGCACAGAGCACGAGCAUCCUCUUCUGUGGAUUCUGGGGCUGUGGUUUGGGCUGUUAAAGAUCCUUUCACAGUCUCUUAAAUGGCACCUAGGGCUGUUCUCUAAGAAUAUACAGUAUAUAAUAUAGACAUAUGCAUAACUUAUAGCAUGUACAAAUUAUACAUAUGUCUGUAGUUGACUUUAUCUUCUGACAACUGUCUGGGGUUUUUGCUUUGAAUCGAGAGGCAAAACUUUAAGAAGCAAAGUAACGUAUGGUCUUUUAAAUCUGAUGAUGUAGCUAUGUUUGCGGAUUAGAGAAAAUGAUCGUUCUCAGCAGAAAGCGCAGUCAACCAGAUUUAUUAGCCAUGAAAACCAACAGCCAAUGGGAAUGUGUGCCUGUCUAAAUCACUCAUUUACAUUAAUUCUAUGUUCAUAAGCCGAACUUGAUCAAAGUAUCAUAGUGUAACAUGCCGUAUAUUGAAACCGGUACAAUUUUUUUAAAUCAUACCCCAAGCUUGUAGUGUAUGUGCCAAGUGCAGUGGACCUUUUGUACAGCCAAGCAAACACUCCUUGGGUUUUCAAUGCAUCAUACAACCACCCUAGGUGCCUUUUAAUAUACAUAUUUCAUAGUGAGAUUUUUGCCUGCAACAGAGCCUUGUUGUAGAUGUUUCGUGUUGUAAGCAGUUGGCUAGGAGUCAUAGUUGAUCGAUACAUUUGGGGGGGGGGGG